AUGGGUCACAGAGAUCAAGAUAAAAAGAAUAAAAAAAAAGGAGUAGAGUCUAAUGAGCAACAACAACAACAAGUUCCAAAACCACCAGUAAAUUUAGUAACACAUAUCACCUAUGUUGAUAUAAAUAUUUCUGCUUCCCAUAUUUUUAGGAAAUUAAAGAAAACUACAAAUAUAUAUUUUGUAUUAAAAUCACCUAUAAAUGCAGGUAAAUUCAAAAAAGAUGGAAGCUGGGAAGAUAUUGAAAUGUUAGGAUCGGUCUCUGGUAUCAUUGCAAAUGGUGGAUUGUUUGUUCAGAGUGGCGCAACUGCUGCAUUUGCAGAUGCAACAGCAGUCAUUGGAAUUGCAAGUUAUAUUCACAAGAAGGCAGCAGAGACACAUCACCAGACACCUGGAUACAGAGAAUUGUUUUGUUCAGAAAUAUUUAAAAAGACACCUCAUUCCGAAUCAAGAUUGGAACCAAUCAAGUUUAGAGUUGGAUUCUUUGAUCUCUGUGGAGGAGACCUCGAUAAGAAAUUCUUAAUUGAAAUCUAUCAUCAUAAGAAAGUUGGUGCAAGUAUAAAUAUUGGUUCAUUAAAUGUUUCAAUAAAUGAAUUAAGAAAACAAUGGAUACACGAUAUUAGAAUUUCUAUGGAUAAAGAGAGAAGUGAAAGGGAUAAAGAUAAUAAGGUUGGUGCCAAAUUGUAUUUGGAAAUGAUUACAUCGGCACCUAUUGACAUACCAAAGGAAUAUCUUUAUCCAUUCUCAAUUACACCACAAGAAAGUCAUGUUCAAUUGCAAGCACAGCAACAACCAUUGGUUGUUGCAUCGACAUCAUUCAUAAUGAACAAUGCAAAUGGCGCAUCUGUAACAUAUCCAUCGUAUUCAUUGCCUGUUGAUAACCCAAAUCCAGCGAAUCAAGUAUCACCAACGAAAGUUCUACCGCCUUUACCUACUAAACCAGUUUCUAAAGAGCCAAUUAAUGUUGUUCAACAACAUCAAGCUUUUGAACAAUUAUCACAAAGUAUGGGAAAUGUAUCACUACAACAUAACCAACUACAAUACCAAGCUCCUGCACUUCAUAGCCAUCAUUUGUCAUAUUAUAAUAUUAAUACGUAUAGUUAUCAGCAAACCCAACAACCACAACAGCAACAGCAGCAACAUCAACAACAACAAGUUGAUAUAAAUCAACAAAAAAUACAAUCAAUUCAAAAUCCAGUUUAUCAACCACCCCAACAACCACAACAAUACCAACAUCAUCAACAACCCCAACAACAACAGUAUCAUCAAUACCAAAUUCCACAAAAUUAUCCACCUUAUAAUAAUUAUCAACAUUAUCCUCCUAAUGUAUAUUAUCCACCACAACAGAAUUAUGCGCCACAAAAACUGGCACCAACGAAUGUUACACCACCACUUCCUCAUCAACACAUACCGAUUGACCAACAGUUUCCGACCUCUGUUUCAAAAUAA